CAUUCCUAAAACCCUGCGUGGCCAACCCUCCCCUUAUCAUCUCCUAUUGUUCUUCACUUCACUCACUCACUCACUCGCCCCCAUAAACGCAACCAUGGCUUCUAUCAUUGGUGUCUCCUCUAUACACCAAACUCCCUCUCUCGAACUAUACAAAAGACCAACCACAACUGCUUCUACUUCCUCCGUUCGGUUACAAUGUUUAGACUCAAAGUCUCACUUCAACAACGCCCUCAGAGCCCACCGUCACAAAACUGGCCUCAAGCCCACACUCACUUUCGUCCCUUCCGCCAUUGCCACGCCCAAUUCUUCCCUCCUCAGCGAAGAAGCCUUCAAAGGAUUGGGCCGCGGAUUCGACGACGACGCCCAAAUCGACGACGAAUUUGGUUACGCUUCUGAAUCCGACUCCUCUUCUACCAACCCCGACGAACUCGACAUUUCCAAGUUAGGUUUACCUUCUCCUCUCGUCGAUUCUCUCCAUAACCGUGGAAUCACUCGUCUUUUCCCCAUUCAGAGAGCCGUGUUAGUUCCUGCUCUUGAAGGUAGAGAUAUCAUUGCUCGAGCUAAGACUGGGACUGGAAAGACACUAGCAUUUGGGAUUCCGAUUAUUAAAGGCCUCACUGAAGAUGAGCAUGCACCUUCUCACAGGAGGUCUGGUCGUCUUCCAAGAGUUUUGGUUCUUGCACCAACCAGGGAGUUGGCAAAGCAAGUGGAGAGGGAGAUAAAAGAAUCUGCGCCUUAUUUAAACACUGUUUGUGUUUAUGGGGGUGUUUCUUAUGUUACCCAGCAAAGUGCGCUUUCGCGCGGUGUUGACGUGGUGGUUGGAACGCCGGGUAGAAUUAUUGACCUGAUAAAUGGGAACAGCCUUAAACUGAGUGAGGUUCAGUAUUUGGUUCUUGACGAAGCCGAUCAGAUGCUUGCUGUUGGGUUUGAGGAGGAUGUGGAGGUGAUUCUAGAGAAGCUCCCGUCUAAGAGGCAGAGUAUGCUUUUCUCUGCUACCAUGCCUAGUUGGGUUAAGAAAUUGGCUAGAAAAUAUUUGGACAACCCUUUGACGAUUGAUUUGGUUGGCGAUGAGGAAGAAAAGCUUGCUGAAGGGAUAAAACUAUUUGCCAUGGGAGCCACUGCCACUUCAAAGAGAACAAUUCUUUCAGAUGUUAUAACCGUUUAUGCAAAGGGUGGGAAGACUAUAGUUUUUACGCAGACAAAGAGAGAUGCUGAUGAAGUAUCAUUGGCAUUAACAAAUAGUAUAAUGUCUGAAGCACUGCAUGGUGAUAUAUCUCAGCAUCAGAGAGAGAGAACAUUGAAUGGUUUCCGGCAAGGAAAAUUCACAGUUCUCGUUGCCACUGAUGUUGCAGCUCGUGGACUUGAUAUUCCCAAUGUUGACUUGAUUAUCCAUUAUGAGCUUCCCAAUGAUCCUGAGACGUUUGUACAUCGUUCUGGUCGUACUGGGCGGGCAGGGAAACAAGGUACUGCCAUUUUAUUGUACACCAGUAGCCAGAGGAGAACUGUUAGAUCCCUUGAACGUGAUGUAGGCUGCAAGUUUGAAUUUGUUAGUCCACCAGCUAUGGAAGAGGUUUUGGGAGCAUCUGCGGAGCAAGUUGUUUCCACACUUGGUGCAGUUCAUCCUGAGUCUGUUGCGUUUUUCACCCCAACUGCACAAAAAUUGAUUGAAGAACAAGGAACAAGUGCCCUUGCAGCUGCUCUAGCACAACUGAGUGGAUUCUCCAGACCUCCAUCGUCCCGGUCUCUUAUCACCCAUGAACAGGGAUGGAUCACAUUGCAACUGACUCGAGAUUCAGAUAAUACUACUAGAAGAUAUUUUUCAGCAAGAUCAGUCACUGGGUUUCUAUCUGAUGUUUAUUCUGCAGCUGCUGAUGAAGUUGGAAAAAUCCAUUUAAUUGCGGAUGAAAGGGUUCAAGGAGCUGUUUUUGAUCUUCCCGAGGAAAUCGCUAAAGAGUUACUCAAUAGGGACAUACCACCCGGAAACACCAUUUCCAAGAUCACCAAGCUACCUCCUUUGCAAGAUGAUGGGCCUCCAAGUGAUUUCUAUGGGAAGUUUUCUGACAGAGAUCGAAGUAACCGAAGAGGUUCAGGUUCUAGGGAUCGCAGAAGUUUUAAAACCUCACGGGGAUGGGGUAGGGACCAAGACUCUGAUGAUGAGUUUGGUGAUCAAUUUAGGAGAGGAGGUAGAAAUUCUAAAACUGGCAACAGCUGGUCUCGAGGAGGAAAAAGCAGUAGGGAUGGGGAUGAUUGGCUAAUUGGAGGCAGACGAUCAAGCAGGUCUUUAUCAUCAGACAGGUUAUACUAUAGAAGUUAUAAUAAUACUUUUAAUUUUAUUUGGUAUUUUUCUUCCUAUACGAGUUAUAAGAAGCCUUAUCUGCAUCAUUUUAAGUCUAUGUGUAACUGAUUUGACAUUUGAAUGUGCAUUGCAGAGGUAGCUUUGGAGGGUCCUGUUUUAAUUGCGGGGAAUCUGGGCAUCGUGCAUCAGAUUGUCCAAACCGGCGAACCUUUUAUUAAGUUCCUAAGUAUUUAUUUUUGGACACCGCUUUGGCCAAGACGUGAGCUGCUACCACUGUUGUUGGCCUAAUGGGUUCAGAAAAAUUGAAAGAUCCUUCCUGGAAGAUUUACAGAAUCAUUAUGGAUUUGCAUCUCAUGUGGUGGCGUGGUCUUCAUGGGGGCCUCCGUUUUUUUGUCCUCGUUUUCUAAGUCGUCUUGUGCUAUUUGAUAAGAACAGUGUUAACAUUAUGGCUUUGCAUCUUCUCUUUUUGUGAAGGAGGUGGAUAUAUGAUCCUGUAUUCUACUUAACCAUAUUAUUUAAGAUCUUUUUGAACGUUAAUCGUUUAGAAACAGACAGGAAGAAUGAAUGAAAGGUGAAAUGCCAAAAG